AUGGCCGAACCUCCAUCGCCGACAAGCCCCAAUCCUCCUACAACCUUGGACGACCGAAGCGCUACUGUCCCUCCACUCCAUCCUUCGGACGAUAGAUUCGACAGUCCGCUCGGGCCAUCCUCCGCUCUCUCCCAGUCUGAUGACUCGCCUUUUCCCACCUCCUCAACCUCUCGCCCAGCUUCGCCUGCGCUCGACGGCAUCAUCACCGCCGCGACUAGCGCCGUCCCAUUCCACGUCCGAGGCAAGGACUUUUUCGAUGAGAUUGAAUGUCGAUUGGCGGCGGCCAAGGUUCGGGCGGAGGUGACCGAGGAUAAGGAUUUGCUGUUAGGGAUUGCGGAGGAGAUUGCGGUGUUGCAGGAGCAGCUUGGAGGGCGGGAUGAUAAUAGGGAGGGUGAUGGGGAGGGUCGUAGUACGGAUGGUGAUAGAGAGGAUGAUGCGGGGGUUCGAAGGAAGGACGGCGCCUAG